ACCUAUCCACCUCCUCCCACGUUCUCCCACCUCCUCACAUGAAAAUACACCAGACUCUUCUUCCCGACGAAAACAGCUCAAGUUAUUUGUUUCUUCUAGGUCUUUGAUAUCCCGACCAUUUUCAACGCUCUGCGAAUAACCUCUUCACUCCUUGAAGCACCCCUUCUCAUGCUUGCGUGAUAUCGCUCUGGUUGCACGCCAUGGCGGCGGCUUCUUCUCUCCUCUCACGCUCGACCCUCUCCAUCGCCCGCCGAUCAACCACAUCCUCCAGAUGCCAAUUCACAAUGGCUACUCAACGUGGUCUCUCUUCCUACCUGGUAACGCCUAAAGAGCUCUCCGAAGCUCUCCAGAAAAACUCCCCAUCGAAAAUAUCAACUGCACCCAAAACUGUCCCGCUCUGCGCGUCCUGGUUUCUACCCACCUCCCCCCUCAAUGGCCUACAGACCUUUCGAGAAAAGCGCAUCCCUGGCUCCCGCUUCUUCGACCUGGAUAAAGUCAGCGACAAACGCUCUCCCUAUCCGCACAUGCUUCCGUCCGCUUCCGAUUUCGCCAAGGCAAUGAGUUCGCUGGGCAUUCGGAGGGAUGACACCGUGGUUGUUUAUGACUCUCACGAGACAGGAAUCUUCUCAGCGCCAAGAGUGGGAUGGACGCUGAAGGCAUUCGGUCACGACACUGUGCACGUGCUGAAUAAUUUCAAGUUAUGGGUAGAAGAAGGAUAUCCUACUGAGAGCGGAGAGUUCUGGGACGUGGACACAUGCGUUUACCCCAUACCCGAGUUUGAUUCCAACAAGCUUAUUGAGUUUGAGGAGUUGAGGGAAGUCAUCAAGGAUUAUAAUAAAGAGGGUGCCGAGGGGGUGCAGAUACUGGAUGCAAGGCCCGAGGGGCGGUGGAGUGGCGCGGAUCCAGAACCGAGACCUGGACUGGAGAGUGGACAUAUGCCAGGGAGUAUUUCGGUGCCGAUUUCUGAAUUGUUGGAUCCAACGACGAAGACGAUCCUGCCGGGUGACAAGUUGAGGGAAAUAUUCGAGAAGAAGGGUGUGGAUCCUAACAGGCCAAUUGUUACUAGUUGUGGAACUGGGGUCACAGCUGCAGUUAUCGAUGCGGCACUGAGCGAGGCAGGGUAUGGCGAUGAGGGAAAAAGAAGACUAUAUGAUGGAAGUUGGACGUGAGUUUCUUUUCUGCUCUUGGAAAACAUGGACGCUGACUUUGGACAGGGAAUGGGCACAACGCGUGAAACCUUCAGAUGGAUUAAUAGUCAAGGAGGCGUGAUUAGAGAUGCUUUAUACUCGAUGGAUUUGAUCGGUUGCCUUUACUAGGCGCUCCUA